AUACUAUUGUUAGGAUCAAGUACAUGUCUCAGAAUGUAAAUGAGGAUAUAAAUUCUUUGGUCAUAUGGGCUCUUGACUCUUAUCCUGUAGAGCGUGAAGAUUAUGAUAUCGAAAUGUCUUUGUUCGUGCCAUUAAAUUUGGACGAUAGAGAUCCUGAGAUUCAAGUGAUCUUUGAGAAAGAUAACUUUUUUCUGUGGGGUGGUAAAAUUAUUUCUGGGUAUUAUGGUGGUAUGACAGUAUCAACAUCUAUACAUGUAACUAUUCUUAAUAAAGUUACUGAAUCGAAUAAAUGUCCUUUAAAGGUAUCUUUAGUUGGAAUUUCUCAAGAUGCGCCAAGCGAGAUUCAGGAUGAUACUGUUAUUAAAAUGUUAGUAACUGAUUAUUGUGGUCAGGAACAUAAUUUUGUGAUGAAAGAAUCUUUGAUUUUUGUAGUUGGACAAAUGGAAAUAAUUUCUAAUGAAUUUUAUGUGUAUGCUAAGGAGAUUAAUUAUAUUGAUAUACCUUUAUUACUUUUGGUUACUCAUCAAAAUAUUACUGGAAGUUCUAAGGAUAAAUUAGAAGACAGGGUUUUGAGUGGUUCUAGCGAUCAUGCAGUUAAUUCGAGUUUAACAGGUUAUUCUGAUUCAACGAAACACGCAUGUGUUGAUGAUUCUAAUAACUUUUUUGAAGAUUCAGUAAAUGUUGAUUAUGAGUCUUGUAUGAAAGAGAAUGACGAUUCAAUUGAUUGCAAUCAAGAGGUAGUAGAAGAUUCUGUGAAGA